GAAAGAAGACGAUACAUACGUACGGUGGUGGUGGGUGUGUGUACAUUCAACGAAGACAAACAACAACAUCGGCACGUAAACAUAAAACGAUGACAGAUAGUUAAUGGACAGAAUAUCAUCUGUUCAUAGUUGAACGUAACUGUGUAUUCGAGAAUUCGUGCAUUUUAUUCCGAAGAAAAUGGCAACGUGCAAGAAAAAACAUAUCAAGGCUGUAUCGCAGAAGGUAAAACUGUUCCGUGCAAACGAACCGUUACUGAGUGUUUUUAUGUGGGGAAUUAAUCACACGGUAAAUGAGCUGAGUCAUGUGAAUAUUCCAGUCAUGUUGAUGCCCGAUGAUUUUAAGGCAUACACCAAAACUAAAGUGGAUAAUCACUGUUUCAAUAAAGAGAAUCUUCCAAGCCAUUUUAAAGUUAAAGAAUACUGUCCGUUGGUGUUCAGGAAUCUGCGCGAGAAGUUUGGCAUCAAUGAUACUGAAUACAUGAAUUCAAUGACCUCUGCGGAACCAGUGUACAAUGAUUCACCAGGUCGAAGUGGAGCUCGUUUUCUUAUUUCGGCUGAUAAAAAAUAUGUAAUCAAAACAAUAUCAAGAGAAGAAGUGGAAAUGAUGCACAAUAUCAUAAAACAAUACCACCAGUUCACUGUUGAGCACCAUGGGAAGACAUUAUUACCCCAUUAUUUAGGCAUGUAUAGAAUAACGGUGGAUGGAGCAGAGACAUAUUUAAUUGUGAUGCGCAGUGUUUUAAGUACAACUCUCAAUAUUCAUAAAAAGUUUGAUUUAAAAGGAUCCACAGUUGAUAGAAGAGCAAGUGACAAAGAGAAGGCAAAAGAGCUUCCCACAUUUAAGGACAAUGACUUUGUUGAUAAGAACCACAAAAUUUAUAUUGGAAAAGAAGGCAAAGAAGAACUCUUGGCUCAACUUAAGAUAGAUGUUGUGUUUUUAUCAGAGUUGAAGCUGAUGGAUUAUAGUUUAUUGGUUGGAAUACAUGACAUAGAAAAAGCAGAACAGGAGUACCAAGAAGAGAUGGAAGUGGAAAGUAAUGGAGUUGGUGAUAGCGGAGAUCAAGAUGAUGAUAGUGGUAGUAAUACAGCAUUUACACCACCAGAUAGUCCACAACCUGCAUCGGCUACUAUGAGUACAUUUCAGCAACAACUGCCUGUCUUACCUGGGCAGUUUGAUUCUGAAACUGAUAUAUUUGCUAUAAAAAGCUCACCUGAAGCUCCAAGAAAAGAAAUUUACUUUAUGGCUCUAAUUGAUAUUUUGACGCAUUGGGGUGCGAAGAAGAGGGCUGCACAAGCUGCUAAAACAGUCAAACAUGGGGCAGGAGCAGAGAUUUCCACAGUUAAACCAGAACAGUACUCGAGAAGAUUCAUGGAAUUUAUUGGUAAAGUUAUUGAAUGAUCACAAGAAGUCGAGAAGUCAACAAUUGAAAUAGACAAUCAUUGUAUACACCUAAUUCAGUCUGUCAGUCUGUCUUAAUUUCUCUGAUUGAGUUGUCCUUUUUUUCAAGUUUCAAAGAAUUGUAUUUUUGUAUUUUUUAAUAUUAAAGUAUUGUUUGUAAUUGUUGCAUAUGUAUUGGUAGUAAACUUGACUUAAAAGAUUUCCCAGAUAGUAGAAGUAACUGUAAAACUAGCUAAAAUGUUAUUUAAGCUACUAUGUGUUUUCCAGUGCAAUGUGAUUUUACACUGUUAUGGCAGGAGUGAGAUUAUUUGUCGUCCUUUCAUCUUUUUUUAUGGCCUGAUUCCCAGUCAAGCUGUCUAAUGUUUUACUGUGGUUCUAUAUGCAGCAUUUGUAUUUUCUUGCCAUUUUUUAGCAGUAGAAAUUAUGUGCUAAAUUUUAGGACAAAAUAAAAAUAUUAUAAUACAGAUAAAUAUAGUGCUUAUUAAAAUGUUGUUGAAAUUGAUUGUAGGGAAGGGCUGCAUCUAGUACGACAACAAGGCAGUAGAUAGACUAAGGGCGACAAGUUUCUAUCAGUUCCAUAAGUUUUACAUUCUGUGGCACACUGAUUAUGAAUUGUCUUAGAAGUAGUUUCUAUUACAGAUUUUGUGAAUACAUAUAAUAACCUCGCUAAACAAGAUCCUUGGCAGAUGUAUUGCCAGUAACUCUUGAAACUUGCUGGAGUACAUACUAAACCAGUUAUGUAAAUCGUUGUCUAUGUUUUCGGGUCAAGUUCUUUUGUUUAUUUAAUACAGUUUUAAGUACAGUCCCAUUUCUGAAGUGUGAAUUUUUUUAAAUGUUAUUUACCAGUAUUUUUUUUUUUCAUGCGUAAUUUUAUCCAAGUUUUCUUGUAAUUGCUACAUGAAAAUAUGGCAUGUUUUUUCUUCUUCUUACACACGCACAUCCAAGAAAGAAAAGUUAGACUUAAAUUGUUGUGACAUCAUCUCUGUAUUUCCAUAAACUUUACCACAUGUUAUUCACAUAUCCACAUAAUCCUAUUAAUAAUCAUGGCACUAUCUUAUAACUUAUGAGAGUUUUUAGUGAUCUAAAUAAAUAUAUGGUAGUAUAGUUUAAGAGUUAAAAUAAUUUCUUGGUGAAAUGAAACGGAAAUCUUCUUUAAAGGAUUAGUCCUGUAUUGGAAUUAUGUGUGUGCUUAUGGUUAAAACUAAGUAUUAAUGCAUCAAUGUACACAAGUUGCAUUCAAUUGUGAUAUUAGACCUAAACAACACAUGCGCAAAAUGUUUAUUACACAUGGUACAUAACAAAUCACACCUAAAUACUGUAUUGGCUGUACUGUAAAAUCUGUAUUAGAAGCCGCAUCUCUAAUGUAAGUCGCAUCGCCUCUCUUGAAUUGUACCAUUUUAAUAGAAGCCGCAGCUUCUAAUACAGAUUUUACAGUACAUCUUGAGAAGCAUACAUUAACUAAGAAAUGCAUAUAUUGCAUACUUGAUUAUUAAAGGCAGUUGGUACGUGCCACGCUUGUGCAAUGUUCUCAUAAGUUGAUAAACGGUGAUUUUUCCCACAAUCCAAUGCACUUUCCCAGUGACGAUGUGUAUAGUGAUAUUGACAUUUUGGUAUAUUCAUCACAGGAAUUAAAACUUGAUAACAUUGUAGCUACAUCAUUUAUCAGUGCAACAGUCGCCGUCUUGGGCUGUAUGGGACCCAUAUUGUGCAUACGUGGCAUGACCAUCUUCCUUUUCAAAUACAAGUCAUUGUAAUUGACAUGCCUGACGUUUAUGUAAAUGUAUAUGCUAUUAAUAGAAAAAAUAUGGUAAAUGGGAUUUGCACAUGAAUAAAUGUAUUCGCACGUAGAUAUGCAUGCACUUAUGAAGCAUGUACAUACAUAAGUACAUUCACAUUGAUAUUUGAGUCAAAUUUCAAUCGUAGAUAUAAUUUGUAAUAUUAAAUAUGUAAUUGUGAUGAUUAGUAUAUUUAUAUUUUGGACUUUAUUGUAUGAACACGUAACAUACAAGUAAUGAUGUCUUUGUAAGUGAAAAUGACAAACAGCGAGGGGAACAAAUUAUGCACACAUUAAAAGAAAUUGAACAUGUUGAAAACUAGAGUUUGCUGGUUCAACAGUUUAUUAAAGAAUGGUUGAAUACAGUAUGAUGCUGUAUUUAUCUUCUGCAAAUUUUUUUUUUUUUAGUAUUGAUGGUAUCUGUGCAUAUGUGUAGCAUAUUGAAAAAUUUUACAGAGUAAGAAAUGUUCCCAGUUUUGAUAAUGUCUCCGCAGGCCGCCAACAGUGAAGUGAUAUUUUGACAAUUUACUUUGUUACGAUGUGAUACACAUUCCAUACAUCAUAGUAUCAAAUAUUUGGCUGCUGUAAACCUUUUUAUUUUCCUGACUUUAUAUUUUAAGGACAUUCAAGAGGACUAAAUUCACUGUCUACAAGAUCCCAAAUAAUACCCACUGAAACAUUUACUUCUACAAAAUAUGUUUUCCCUCCCACUCUGGGAAUUCAGGAAUGUUCAUCUUUCAUACAAAAAAAAAGUGGUUUACAGUAUUUUAUAAGGUAUUUGUUCUAAUUGAGAAACAAUAGUGAUCUGAAUUAAUUCUGGUUGCCAUGACGAUGGGUCCUUUUCAACAUAACUUCAGGUACAACUGAAAUAUCCUUCACAUUGCAGUAAACAAAAGGUCAUUUUAUUCGUAUUUUUUGUGUGUGAUUAUAAUGAACUACUUUAAACUGUUAAAUUUUCAUCAGUAUAAAUUUUCACGAUAUUAUUUCAUGAAUUUGUUAUAAAGUCGUAAUCAUUUUAUUUAAGAACCCAAGUGAAAAGUCCUUAUUGGCAAAAUAAAAUGCCUUGUGAUUUCAUCAAAGCAGGGGAGUGCCCAGAGUCGAGUCAUCAUUAUUUCUAAUUAUAGUGUUCUAUUCUUGCCUCAUCGCGUCCAUGGUUACAUAGGUCAGCCGGACUGAGAUGAUGAGGCAAGAAUGAAUCACUAUUUUAGGAGUAAAAUCGUAUCAGAUGGCUUCCUUGCUUAACCUUUCCACCACCAGUCUUUUUCGCUAAAACUUUUCAGCACUUUUUUCCCCCAGUAUAUUUCUGCAAACAGACAAAAUCGGAGUAAAUUUUGAGUUUUUUCUCAACAAAAAAAUUGGCUAUUUUUGUCAAAAUCUUUUAAAGGAAAGUGCAGACUAUAAACAGGACUAUUUUGUGAUGAAAAGAGGGAACUGGUAGUGAGAAAGGUUAACAAAGAUCUCCACAAUAAUAUGCGAUUGGGACUAUAAUUGUUGACUGCUACAAAAUUCAUGAUUUUCAGAAGCUCGCUGAUUUUUUUCUUAAAUUUAAAGUGAUUUAUGAUAUUCUGUAACUAUGAUUCAUGUUCACCCCCUCGUCUUGUUCUUGUCUAUACUGUUAAAUUGUAAUCGUAUAUAUGAAAGUACUUUCUGUAGAUUUCAUCUAUAAUAUUAUAACUUGUUUUAAUAAUGAAAUGUACUGAUCUGAAACAUAGGUCUGUGUUCUUGAACAGGUGUCACAAUUUUUGAAACGUUCAUUUUGAGAAAAUAAAGUAUGAUAU